UAAUAAUCAAUAAAUUUUCAACCUACUUGUGUGCUAUGCAAAAUCUGGGCAACAACCCAUCUGUGACUAAAUUCAGCAGUCUUUACUGAAAUGGCCGUACUGUUUCUUGCAUCCCUUAGUUUUGAAAUAAAAUUUUCUACACUCAUAAAUGUUAACAGUUGAGAGUUGAAUGAGCAGGAUUAGGCAAGCUUAUUUAUUUUUUACUUCCUCUCUCUGACAAGUGCAACUGAGAUUGGAAAGCACAGAGCACUUUCUCUCUUUCUUUCUUUCUUUCUUGCGUGGUUGGCCUCUUAAACAUCUCAAAUUUAAGUUCCAUGGAUUGGUUAUGCAGCAGGCUCCCCCUCUUCACAGCUUUUCUCAUUCUUGCAGCUGCCAUUGAUGCAAUUCUAGCAGAUACCACCGUCUCUGGCACUGUUUUCUGUGACCGAUGCAAAGAUGGCCAGUUGUCCCUCUUUGAUUAUCCUGUUUCUGGAAUUAAAGUUACGGUCACCUGUCCUGAUAGCGAUGGACAAAUCACAAUGUCCAGGGAAGAGACAACAAAUUGGCUUGGCAAUUAUGCAAUGAAAUUUGAUGGCACCCCAAACUUAGGCAAUUGUUAUGCUCAGGUUUCUGGCAGUGACCAAGAAUCUACUUGUGGUGCAGCUGCUGGUCCUGCCAAAAAUCUUAGACUUAUGUUCCUGAUGUUUGAUAUGAAAAUGUAUGUUGUGGAUUCCUUGCUCACUCAACCUGCUUACCCCAUGUCAUUCUGCCCAAGGUCAUCUACCCCAAAUCCAGUAUUGCCUCCGGUCACACCUGUGAUUAGGCCUCCUUCUCCAAGGUCCACUCCAAUUUUCAACCUUCCACCAUUGCCUCCAUUGCCCCCAUUGCCCCCAAUGCCCCCACUGCCCUUCACUGAAGCAUCAGCAUGCCCCCAUCAGAACUGGACGAUGCCAGAGUACAAAUGUUACUGGAGAGGGCUGAGUCCUGAUGCAGAAGUAGCACUUGUUUUCGGACCAGUGGCAGCACAACGAUAUGGGACAAAUAUGACACUGUGGGAAGGGCUGCAAGGGAGAGGAGACCCUUAUACAACUCUGUUAAGAGAAGCAAUAACUGCACUAUUAAACUCAUAUAAUAGUCUUGAAUUUCCUUAUAAUACAGUUGGUGUUGUGACUCAUACGAAUUGGGCAUUGAUGGGAUCUUCCAGGAGUAUUCUCCUGACAGCUCUCAGGUUUCUGAGGGCUAAUUCAGGCUCACCUAGCAAUGUCUCUUGCAAACUCACCCCUUGCAAGUGAUGGGCAAUUAUAGCUAGCUGUUUCCUUUAAAUUAAAUAUAUUAUUCACCUACUUUGUAGUGAUCCUAUAUAUUCUUCUAAAUUACAUAGCUAUAUAAUUUCUGUGUUAUUUUUAUUCACUGA